CAUAAUGACUGCUUUGUAGUUUGUAUAGUAGUGAGUCGUUCACCAUCUCCUUCCUCCGAAGCUCUCACGACGAAACAACCACACUCCAAUCCAAAAGGUGAUUCGAUUUCAAUCCAAUGACGAUGGACCAUGCCGAACUCUCCACUGAACAGGUUCUGAAAAGGGAUAUCCCAUGGGAGACCUACAUGACCACCAAGCUCAUCACUGGAACAUGUCUUCAACUGCUGAGGCGUUAUGAUAACAGAUCAGAGAGUUACAGAGCCCAAUUGCUCGAUGAUGAUGGACCAGCUUAUGUUCGGGUGUUUGUGAGCAUUUUGCGCGAUAUUCACAAGGAAGAAACUGUAGAAUAUGUACUUGCAUUGAUUGAUGAAAUGCUUGCAGCAAACCCAAAAAGGGCUAGAUUAUUCCAUGACAGUUCACUUUCUGGUGCGGAUACUUACACUCCUUUCUUAAGAUUGCUCUGGGAUGGUAAUUGGUUUGCACAAGAGAAGAGCUGUAAGAUACUUGCUUCCAUAGUGAGUGCAAGGCCAAAAUCCCAUGAUGGAAUUAUUGCAAAUGGGGGAGCCUCAAAUUCGAAGAGAACAACAGCUACUAUUGAUGAUGUGCUGAAAGGCUUGGUGGAUUGGCUUUGUGCACAGCUGAAGAGGCCCUCCCAUCCUAGCCGUGGCAUUCCAAUUGCUGUUAACUGUCUAGCAACCUUACUGAAGGAACCUGUGGUUAGGUCAUCCUUUGUCCAAGCUGACGGAGUUAAGUUGCUUGUUCCCUUGAUUACCCCAGCAUCCACUCAGCAAUCUAUUCAGCUUCUUUAUGAAACGUGCCUUUGUGUGUGGCUUUUAUCCUACUAUGAACCUGCCAUCGAGUACUUGGCUACUUCUAGAACUCUUCCACGACUCAUAGACGUGGUGAAGAGCUCCACAAAGGAAAAGGUUGUUAGGGUUGUUGUCUUGACCCUCCGGAACUUGCUCUCCAAAGGGACUUUUGGUGCACAAAUGGUAGAUCUUGGCCUACCACAAAUUGUUCAGAGUUUGAAAGCACAAGCUUGGAGUGACGAGGAUCUAUUGGACGCUCUGAAUCAACUAGACGAGGGCCUGAAGGAUAAGAUAAAAAAACUGAGCUCCUUUGAUAAAUAUAAGCAAGAAGUACUCCUUGGCCAUCUUGAUUGGUCUCCAAUGCACAAAGAUGCUGCGUUCUGGCGCGAAAAUAUUACGCAUUUUGAAGAGAGUGAUUUUCAGAUUCUGAGGGUGUUGAUUACUAUUUUGGACACAUCCAGCGAUCCGAGAGCUCUGGCUGUUGCUUGCUUUGAUCUGUCGCAGUUCAUUCAACACCACGCCGCUGGCCGAAUCAUAGUGACAGACCUGAAGGCGAAGGAACGAGUGAUGAAACUGAUGAAUCACGAGAAUGCAGAGGUUACCAAAAACGCAUUGCUAUGCAUUCAGCGGCUUUUCCUGGGCGCCAAGUAUGCCAGCUUUUUGCAGGUUUGAGUACAUUUUUGUGGUGCCUCUGCUCUUCUGUUAGAUGACUGAAUCUGAAGGGUCUGGUCUAUAUAUCUAUACACAUAUUUUUAUAUAUAUAUUUAUUAUAAUUAUUGGAGAAGAGUUGAUUAUCCAAGUGGGAGUGGAGUGGACCAGUUCCUCUUCCUAGCUGUGAAAUAUUUCAUUUGUUCUUUUUAAGCUCUGGAAGGAAGGAAUAUUAAAUAUUUUGGUGGAAUUUGUAGCUGUGGAAUAAAAAAAAUCUUCCGGGAGUAACUAUUUGUUUGGUUUUAGUUUAAUCCCAAUAAAAUGAAUUAUGAGAGCAGAAGAGAUAUCUGCAUAAUCUUCUUUUUUCUUUU